AACAGCUGUGUCAGUAAAACUGCCAUGUUAGCACAAAGAAUGGAAGUGGGAGGAAUGGGGGAAAAAAUCCAGUGUUUGGGUAUAAAACUCUCAGGAACAAGCAGCUGAAAGAAAGAAAACAGAAAAAGAGAGAGAGAGAAAAAAGGAAUCUUUCAGACAAGGUGAAAGGAGGAGGAAAAGUAUCCGACAGCUGCCGAGAGGGAGGAGGCUAAAACAAAACAGAGCUGUAUAGAGGUGAACGAUAGAGAGAGACAGAGUUGAAAGCGAUGUGAAAGGAGGAGAGAAGGUUGCUGUUGAGUGAACAUCCGGAGUUGUGAAUAUAUGCAGUAAGACGGAGAGCUGGCUGAACAGAAGAAAGGGAUUUAUGAAGUGAAGUGAUUUGAAGUGGAGAUGAGUCUAACAGUGAUUCUGGCGGCAGUAGUGGGCUUCAGCGCUCUGUCUUCCUGUUACUCUGGCGAGAACACCACGAGACCGGCCAUCACAACAGCUGAUCUGUCUCAGGUGAGAGUGUUCAAUGAGGAGAUGGUUAGAGGGCGAGGGGACACUCCUGACAUCAUAGAACCUGAACCCACCACUGCAGUCUCUGAAAUGGAGAGCACUUACAACUACAUCCUGUCUAGACUGGCAGCGAUGGAUCAAGCUAUCCACAGGCUUAAUGUGGGACAUUACACAUUGGACAUUAAAGUUACACAACUGUUGGAAAGAAUGUCACGACUUGAGAAUAGAUUAGGCAACACUGAGGAUGCCAUUCAACAAGUCUCGUCUUACUGCAAGGACAAUCGCAAAGAGAUCGGACGACUAGAGGGCUGCCAGAAAGGCCGUAAAAUGGGUUACAAAUGCUUCCUGGCAUACCGUGUGUAUGAGACCUACGCAGAUGCAUCCAAGAAGUGUCAGGAGCGAGGAGGACGCAUGGCUAUGCCACGAGAUCGCAAGGAGCAGGAAGCUUUGGCUGAAUAUGUGAAAUCAGUAUUCCACGGAAACUGGCCUGUCUGGCUUGGGAUCAAUGACGAGCGUUCUGAAGGCCUCUACCUAUUUGAGGACACAACUCGUGUCACUUACUUCCAGUGGAGGAAGCACUUCCUGUCAAGCCAGCCAGAUGGUGGGAAACGAGAGAACUGUGUAGCCAUGUCUUCAGAUGAUGGAGACUGGUGGGACACCUACUGUGAAAGACGCAUGUAUUAUCUGUGCGAGUUUGAUGUUUGACACUUUCCUAAAUGGCUUCUAAUUAAGAUUUUUUUUAAAUAUCAAGAGCAGCUAUUAACUGUUUUAUAAACAGUUGUUGCACAGGUAAAAAAUUAGGGCCAGUGAAUUUAAUGAUCCCAUGAAAUGGUUUGAUAAAUGCAAUUUUCUUUCCUGUUAACAUUUUUCCUAUUGAAACAGGAAGUGGGAGCAGGAAUCUAUAAAGGAUUAGUUCACU